AUGCCUUUGGUGUUGAAAAACCUGUACACUGGAGUUGAUGAUGCUUCAAAGAAUUUCCGUACAUGUGUUAGGACUUAUAACAACACAUUUGCUUUUACUUCGCUUGGCAUUCAUCAGUAUGAUAAAAAUCUUUGUAAGCGUAAUAAAGGCAUAUAUACGUUCAAAGUUCAAGGGCAAAUAUAUCAUUUUAUCAAUGACUUAUUGCCUGAUGGUUGUCCGCCGCGCAAUUUGCAACUCUAUUUUUAUGACACUGACCAUGAAAUUCAAAAUCGAGUUGAAAGUGUUGCUAGAUUGGAAGAGAACAUUGUCAAAGCUUUGAUAGAAGUCAUGUCUUGCAAUCCAUACGCAAAUUUCUUUAGAAGUCUUAAGGAUGUUGUUCACUCUGAUGACUUUAGUAUUUUGUUGAACUCUUCACCUUCAUUGGAUCAAAGACUUUAUAAUUCGCCAACUGCUUCUCAAGUUGCUGCUGUAUGGAUUGAAGACUAUGAUGGAGUUGAAGAUAAUAGGAAUAUUAGGGUAUAUGCACAUUGUGGUCGGUCACAAAAUAUCCAAUACUAUUAUGGUUGUUAUGAUCCAUUACAAUACCCUUUGUUAUUCCCGUUUGGUGAUGUUGGAUGGCAUGAGGGUAUUCAAAAAGUCUUGCAAUCGAGGAAUUUACAACCUCUUGGUUAUGUAAAUUCUUUAUCUAUUAAUGCAAACACUCAAUUAUCUGUUGAUGAUCUAAUUCGAGCAGAGGAAGCGGUGUUUCGAGAAGGUAGGAAGCGCUCCUCAAUAUCGUGCAGAGAAUAUUAUGCAUACAAAUUUCAGGUUCGAGCAAGUGAUAAUUCUCUAUUAUUACAUACUGGAAGAUUAUUUCAACAAUUUAUUGUUGACAUAUAUAUUAAAGUUGAAACACAAAGGCUAGAUUAUUUUAGGAAAAAACAACAGUUGUUUAGGUCUGAAAACUUUCAAGGCCUCGUUGAUAGCGUUGGAAUGGGUGCUGUGUUUGGUAAUGAGGUCGGACGCAGAGUUAUUUUGCCAUCGUCAUUCAUUGGAGGUCCUAGAGAUAUGCGUGGUCGAUAUAUGGAUGCAAUGUCCCUUGUCCAAAACUUUGGCAAACCUGAUAUGUUUUUAACCAUGACAUGUAACCCUAAUUGGCCUGAAAUUAAAGGACUUUUGCAAUACAAUGACGACGCACAAAAUAGGCCAGACUUGAUUGCAAGAGUGUUCCACGCAAAAAUGCAGGAACUUAAGAAUGAUAUUACAAAGAAACAAUUUUUUGGCGAAAUUGCUGCAUACACUUAUGUAAUCGAGUUCCAAAAGAGAGGAUUGCCACAUGCUCAUUUCCUUAUUAUUCUAAAAGACAAAUGUCAUGCAAUGUCUCCUUCUUUUGUUGAUAAUUUUGUAUCGGCAGAAAUACCAGAUAAACAUCUUCAACCUACGUUGUACGAUCUUGUAAAAAAACAUAUGGUUCAUGGUCCUUGUGGUUUUCUUAAUCCAAAUUGCCCUUGCAUGACACAAAGGAAAUGCAAAUCCGCACCUACUUGUAAAAGUAAAUACCCCAAACUAUUUAGCGAUGCCACUGAGUUUGCUGAUGACUCUUACCCUAUUUAUAAGAGACGCAAUACACCUUUUUUAGUUCAUGUUAAAGGGUUUAAUCUUGAUAAUAGAUGGAUAGUGCCUUAUAAUCCCCAGUUAUUACUUAAGUUUGAUUGCCAUAUAAAUGUGGAAGUCUGUGCCAGUAUUAAGUCUGUGAAGUACAUUUAUAAAUAUAUUUACAAAGGCCAUGAUAGAGUAAGCAUGACUUUGGGUGAUAACACUGAUGAUCGUGUGAUUGAUGAAAUUAAAGAAUACCAAAAUGCAAGAUGGAUUUCGCCCCCUGAAGCUGCAUGGCGCAUAUUUGGAUUUGCAAUUGCAGAGAUGAAGCCUGCUGUUAUACAGUUGCAGAUACAUUUAGAAAACUCACAAUAUAUCAAUUUUUAUGGCCAUGAAAGGAUAACCUACAUAGUAAGCAGAGAAGAUUCGUCUCGUACUAUGUUAACUGAAUUCUUUGCAAUGAAUCUUUCAAGUGAUUUCGCAAGAACUUUGAACUUGCUUUAUGUAGAAUUCCCUUACUAUUUUGUUUGGUGUAAGUCAAGCAAGUCUUGGAAACCUAGAAAACAACUUACAGUUAUAGGCAGACUUGUUGCUGUUAAUCCAACUGAGGGAGAACGGUAUUAUCUACGACUGUUAUUAAUGAAUGUUAGGGCCCCAACUUCGUUUGAUUGUUUAAGAACUGUCAAUGGUCAAAUCACUUCAUCUUUUCGUGAUGCUGCUGAGAAACUAGGAUUACUUGCAGGAGAUUUCAUUGUUGAAGCAUCGUUGAAUGAAGCAGUAUUAUUCCAAAUGCCUUCAAGUUUGCGGACUUUUUUUGCAACGCUUCUCAUCUUUUGUGAUAUUUCCAAUCCUAUUUCAUUAUGGAUGAAAUACAAAACACACAUGUGUCAAGACUUAUUAAGGACAGGCUUGCACACCAAUGCUGAGGCUGAAUCAUUAGUCUUAAAGAUGAUUGCUAAUAUAGUACAAGAAAUGGGCAAGAAAACGAAAGACUUCUGCCUAUUUGAUCUAUUGGAAUCUUACGAUUUCCCAGGACGUGUUACUAAUGAGAUUUUACAUGAAAAGAACCUUCCAGUUUCUGAGGCAGAUCUUUUAGCUAUUCACAAACUUAAUGCUUGCCAGCGAGCAGCUUUCAAAACUAUAACAGAUGCUGUUUUAGGUAAUAAACCUAGUGCAUUUUUUGUUGAUGGCCCUGGUGGUACAGGAAAAACAUUCUUAUAUCGCUGUUUACUAGCAUUUGUACGUUCUAAAGGUUUGAUCGCCCUUGCAACUGCAACUUCUGGCAUAGCUGCAUCUAUACUACCUGGCGGUCGCACAGCACAUUCUCGCUUCAAGCUCCCACUUGAUGGCACUGAUAAGUAUGUAUGUAAUAUAGGUAAACAUACUGCUGAUGCGAGUUUACUUCGCCAUAGUAAAUUGAUUCUUUGGGAUGAAGCAUCCAUGGCACAUAGGAAUAUAGUUGAGAGCCUUGAUAUAACACUUAAAGAUAUAAUGGAUUGUCAAGAUUUAUUUGGGGGAAAAGUCAUUGUAUUUGGAGGAGAUUUUAGGCAGACAUUACCAGUUGUAAGACAUGGAAAGAAGGAAGAUUUCAUUGCAGCAUCUUUGGUUAAGUCAACUUCUAUAUGGCCGCACAUUUGUCGUUUGACUUUAGUUGAGAACAUGCGUGCACAGGCUGAUCCUACAUUUGCAAGUUACUUGAUGAAGAUAGGUAAUGGCACAGAACCUGCUAUUUACCAAAACAAAAUAAAAGUGCCUUCUCAAUUUCUUGUACAAAAAUGUGGAUCAAAGUCUUCGUUAUAUGCAUUGUUUGAUGCUGUAUACCCUGAUUUACAUUGUUUCUUCAAUGACCCAUAUCCACUGAUGGACAGAGCAAUUUUGACAACGAAGAAUGAAUUUGUUGAUGAGAUUAAUAUGCUUUUGCUGGAAAAGUUCCCUGGUGAAAAUAAAAGUUACAUCAGUUAUGAUGAGCCACUUGAUUCAAAGUACUUGCAUUGCCAAGAUUAUUUACAUACUUUAUGCCCUCCUGGCUUGCCUCCUCAUACUUUAAGCUUGAAAAAAAAUAGUCCUGUAAUCUUAUUAAGGAAUCUAAAUCCAUGUGAAGGCUUAUGCAAUGGUACACGCCUAAUAUGUGAUAUGUUUGGGGAUCAUACCAUAAGUUGCAUUAUCGCAGUGGGGGAAUACAAGGGUAAGCAUGUAUUGAUACCUAGAAUACCACUUCAACCAUCAAAGGAUGAAAACUGUCCAAUACCAUUCAAAAGAUGCCAAUUCCCCGUAAAAAGUUGUUUUGCAAUGACAAUAAAUAAAGCACAAGGCCAAACUCUAGAUUUUGUUGGCCUUUACUUGAAGGAACCUGUUUUUAGCCAUGGUCAACUAUAUGUCGCGAUGUCUCGUGCAAAGACUGCAGCUUCUUUGAAAAUCGUAAUAUGCAACGAUUUUGAUGAAUCGACAUGCACAAAUCUUACAGAAAAUGUUGUUUACGAUGAAAUCAUCAAGUACAUAUUAUGA